AUGCCGUCAACCAAAUUCGAGAUGGAAGCAACUGUUGAUCAUGAGGAGUUGCACUCGAAUCCGAAUAUGGAAUCUGGUCCUUUCCAGAUAGAAGAGAAGGCCAAUAAUCUAGCAGUGGAUCCUGUCAUCGAUAUCGACCCUGCCACCAAUAGGCAACUCUUCUGGAAAAUAACUCGGCGCAUUCUGGUCAUCCAAGUGAUCACUUAUUUUUGCCAGUCGCUUGACAAGGGAAUUCUGAACUAUGCUUCUAUCAUGGGAAUUAAGAAGGAUGCCCACCUGGUAGGACAGGAGUAUUCUUGGCUUGGAACUAUCCUCUAUAUCGGCAUCCUAGUGGGCGAAUAUCCUCAGAACCUCAUGCUGCAGAAAUUUCCUUUAGCAAAGAUUCUCUCUAUCAAUGUUUUUCUUUGGGGGGCUAUAGUGACAUGCUCCGCUGCAUCAACUCGAUUCGAAUCACUGAUGGCUGUUCGAUUCCUCCUCGGAUUUUUCGAGAGUUGUGUACAACCAGCUAUGAUGUUGAUGACCGCGAUGUGGUAUAAGAGAGAAGAGCAGUCAGUCUUGAAUGCGAUUUGGUAUUGCAUGAGUGGUGUGUCCUUAAUGAUUGGUGGACUCUUAGCAUUUGGUGUGUCACAUUUUACCGAUGGGCCGAUCAAGAACUGGCAACUAUUGUUUCUAGUUCUGGGCCUGGCUACAUGCGUGUGGUCCUUCUUCAUUGCCAUUCUUCUCCCGGACAGCCCUUUAUCAGCAAAGUGUUUCAGCGAAGCGGAUAAGCGUCUAAUGAUUGAGAGAGUGCGUAAUAACGAGACUGGUAUCCAGAAUCGAGAGUAUAAGAAAUACCAGGUUGUCGAAGCUCUCAAGGACCCAUUAGUUUGGUGCUGUGUCAUGCUCAUCACCACAGCUAAUCUUGUCAUUGGUGGCCUGGGUGUAUUCUCCAACCUCAUUAUUCAGCAAUUCGGGUUUUCGCUCCUACAGACGCAGCUGCUUAAUAUCGCUCAGGGGGCAUGGACUAUCGGAGUGAUGCUUGGGUCUGCAUGGGCAGCCCAAAGGUUCCAGCAGACAUGUUUUGUCAUGAUCCUUUGCGCGAUUCCCGCUAUGAUCGGAACAAUUAUAAUUCUUGUUGUUACACCGACUGCUUCAAACGCCGGCGGGAUGCUAAUUGCUUUCUACUGCACACAGUGUUUCUUGGCCGAGGGAAAUAUGAUUAUCUCGCUAAUCACACGCAACGUGGCGGGCCAAACCAAGAAGGGUAUUACAAUGACCAUGGUAUUUAUCGGCUGGGCUGUCGGAAAUCUCAUUGCCCCUCAGAUAUUCCAGAAUAAAGAUGCGCCUAGAUAUCUCCAUGGAUUCCUAGCGCAUAUCGUUGUUUACGCUGUAUACGUUGCUUUGGUGGUUUUGACAAGAAUCAUCUUGAUCGCACGUAAUCGCUCAAAGGUGCAGGGCUCAACGCAGAUCUCACAUGAAUUGGCAUUCGAAGAUUUUACUGACCGUGAGAAUCCGAAUUUCCGAUAUGUAUAUUAG